UGUGAUCCAACACACCAUCCCCUGUUUGACAUUGGUGGCAGCAGCAGUGGUGUGAGGACUUCCAUUGACAAAGAAACUGUACUCAUUGGAGGGAAUAUGAGCUGCCCCAAAACCGAACCGCACGUAACGAAGGAGGAGGUAAUUGCUGCUGGGAAAUGGGUGAAGCUGGAACGCACUACCUAUGUGGAUCCUUCUGGCAAAACAAGAACAUGGGAGACAGCAAAGAGAACGACAAGACCUACCAACACGGCUGCAGAUGGUGUUGGAAUCAUCGCCAUUCUGAAAAGAACCCUCCAUAAAGACUGCGUUGUCAUGGUGAAACAGUUCCGGCCACCGAUGGGCUGCCACACUCUGGAGUUCCCUGCAGGUCUGAUAGACGAUGAUGAAAGUGCAGAGACAGCAGCGCUGAGGGAACUGAAGGAGGAGACUGGUUACAAGGGGGAGGUGGUGGGAGUCACUCCAGUCACAUGCCUGGAUCCUGGACUGUCCAACUGCACCACUCAGAUCGUCAUGGUGAACAUCAAUGGAGAUGAUGUGGAAAACCUCAAUCCUGCCCAGCAACUAGGGGAAGGAGAGUUUGUGGAGGUUCUUCUCCUACCUCUUGAUGAGUUUCAGAGGAAAAUCAACGAGGUCAUUCAGAAGGGGAACAUUGUUGUGGACUCCAAGGUUUACAUUUAUGCCAUGGGGAUGUCUCAAGCCUUCUUCAAACCCAACGAGCUCCCAGUGCUCAAGCAGUGAGCCAUCAAGCUGGGGUGCAUUUCUCAAAAGAGAACUUGUUAGCCUGUUAGCAACUUCGGUAGUUGCCAAUGGGAAAAUGCAUUGAAAACAACAAAGUAGCUAAUGUAGUUAGCAACUUUUGGUUUCGAGAAAUGUACCCCUGGUGAUGAAUCCUCUUUCCUGGGAUCUUCCAGAUGGGGCAUUCCUGAGAAAAUCCCUGGCAAAUACAGUAGACUUUGCCAGAUGGAAAGUUUGCUGGAAAGACGACAUGGGGAGGGAAAAAAGAGCGUUGAAAUAUUGUGCAAGCUAUGCUUAAGUACUUAGAAUGAAUCUGAAAUGUGCCUCCAUUGUGCACUAAACAGGAAUCAAAACAGUACAUCUGAAUUUGUAUCCUACCUAGUGACCUACGUAUGUCAUGAAUGAGUGAAUGUUUUUUGAAUACGGCCUUUGUGGAAUCUAAACAUUCCUCCUAACACUAUUAACAAUCUGCACAUUGCAGAGUUGUGAGUUUAGACCUUAAAAUGUUAUGUCAUGUGAUGACAUUAAACGCUAGUUGCUGCAGGGUGCCUUCCUGAAUGGUUUACAUGUAGAGACACUUGUUUUCACCAGGUAACAGUUGAUUGUGAUCUGAAUGGAUUGCAUUGUUUUUUGUUUUUUUUACUAUUUUGAUCUGUAGCAGUGACUAAUGAACGGUGCCAUGAUGACUGUAGAGGUCUUAAUAAUUAUGUGUAAUACAACUAAUAAAAGUGUUACUGUGAUUUCAGAAUUA